AUGAAUGAGAAAUUGCCAGAAAGAAAUUAUUGCAUUUUUACCAGAGACCUUUGUGUUAACAACAUUGAAAGCAAUAUUUUCACCUUUGGCUUUCAAUCGCCUGUCCAAGUGAGAGUUACGAGAAUAGCCACAUCAUUCUGCCUUGAUGCUACUCAUGGCAUAUCAGCAAGAAGUGGAGAGGUCAUGUACUCUUUAGUGACUCAACACAACGUAACUGGAAAAGGGUUUCCUGUUGCUUACAUGGUUACAAAUGACCAGACAGUCAGGCCAAUCAGCCAAUGGCUUAUGCAUCUUUGUGAGAGAAGCUACUUCCGUCCUUUGAAUAUCACCAUUGACUGUAGUAUUCCCAAAGUUAAUGCGAUUACAUCUGCAUUUCCUCAUGUUGCAAUUCACUAUUGUGAAUUCCAUAUUCUUCGUGCUUGGCAAACAAACCUCAACAACAAAGUAAGGCUUGAUGCAUCAUUUACAUCAGCCCAGCUGGCAGCAUACAAGCAGGAGUUAAAGAACAAGCUGAAGUAUAUCUUGAUGGAGUCGAACAAAGAAGUAUUUUUGACGAGAAUCCUUGACUUCAAACGCGAUAUACCCAACCAGUUACACUUCUUGAGAUACUUCGAAACACGAUGGAAUGGAAGCGAAGUAUUGCUUAAAAGAUGGGGGCACCCUUAUGUCAAUGACUCACAUAGAAGAUAUUUGACGAAUAACUUCAUUGAGUCAUGGCAUAACCAGCUCAAGACCAUCUACUUUGGCCAUGCUAGAAUCAGAAGACUAGAUCGCCUUGUGUUUGACCUUACGAACAAUGUAGAGUAUUUCUAUGAACAAGAAGUGGAUUGUAUUCACUUAAACAAUGGAAAGAUGGGACUGUCUAUCACUGCUGAAAAUGAUUUAAUCGAAUGCUGUUCGUGUCCCAGAUACAUCUCUCAACAAGUGCCUUGCAAGCAUGCAUUUCUUCUCAAAAGAUACCGUAAGAUUAACAUCUUAUAUACAAUUCAAAGAGAUGUCAAUCACUUGGCAAUGCAAAGACCAGCAGUGUUAGCUGAAGAAGAAGAAGUUGUGAUUGUUGAUGAAGAAGAUGGUAGAGAAGAUGUUGUAGGUGCUCAAAAUGAUGUUGAUACGUCUACUACAGACCUUAUCACUCACACCACCUUACUUCAUCAUCAAAGACUCAAUCUUGAACACAUGCGAACGAUUUCUGAUAUUGAUGUGUCUGAGAUAAAUUAUAUGACUCGUUGUGUUAAAGAAUUGUUAGAUAGAAUAGAUAAUAUUAGAAAUAGAAAUAGAAAUAGUUUUAGAAAUAUGAAUAUCCAACGUCAAUAA